AGCGGCUAUAUUCAGUGAACGCUGGCGGGGGGCUGUAUCCCAAACGCGCACCGAGUGCACUACGGAUAGGGCGCGCUCGCCGUUUUUUCCUCCUCGCGUUGUAGUGCGGAUGUGUAGGGAGCGGAUGGGUAUUUGGUAUCCGGACACGGUUAGCGCGGUGGCUUCAGUUCAACACGCGAUUUAGACGCAUCAAAAGGAUUUUCUGGUCCAGCAAGACGGCGUAAAUGAUCACCUUAAGUGGCAACGAUCGUGUCGUUUUAAUGAGUACAAAUUGUGUUAAUAUAUAUAUAUAAUUUAUAGUAAAAAUCAUCAAGCUUUAGACGUGACAUAUAUUUGAAUGGCAGCUGAACUACCCAUUAGGCCUGCUUUAUUAUGAGCCCCCAAUGUAACUUUAAAGCACAUUAAACAUGUUUAAAUCUUGGUUUUGUUUUUGUUUUCAAUGAUUAUAAUAUAAACCUAUUACGCAGUCCUGUAUUCUUGUUAUUCCUGGCAGAAGUAAGCAAAUGAAGUGCACCACCAUGAAGUCAGAAGACCUCAAGAUGCAAUAAAGGGGAAAAAAAAGAAUAAAUGAUGAUAAGUGCAAGUUUUAGAUUGUAGUCUCCUAAAACCGAAACCUAGAAAUAGCUCUGGAUGUCAUUCGAACGUCGGACUCGGAUAUCCCAGAAUGCCGUGCAGCUAUGCGAACAAGCUGAAAUCCUCGCAGAAGGAUAAAGUUCGCCAGUUCAUGAUUUUCACGCAGUCGAAUGAGAAAACGGCGCUCAGCUGUCUGGCUCAAAAUGACUGGAAACUAGAGGUGGCCACAGACAACUUCUUCCAGAAUCCUGAACUUUACAUACAGAAUCUGAAAGGACUGUUCGACAGGAAAAAGCUAGAACAGCUCUACAAUAGAUACAGAGAUCCCCACGAUGACAAUAAGAUCGGUAUAGAUGGUAUUCAGCAAUUCUGUGACGAUCUAUGCCUCGACCCAGCCAGUAUAAGUGUGCUCCUAAUAGCGUGGAAGUUUCGCGCCGCGACGCAGUGCGAGUUCUCCAAGCAAGAAUUCAUGGACGGUAUGACUGAACAAGGGUGUGAUAGCAUAGAGAAGCUUAAAGCACAGUUGCCAAAAAUGGAGCAGGAGUUAAAAGACCAAGGCAAAUUUAAAGACUUCUAUCAGUUUACUUUCAACUUUGCAAAGAAUCCCGGACAGAAAGGCUUGGAUUUAGAAAUGGCGAUUGCGUACUGGAAUUUAGUAUUGGCAGGACGUUUCAAAUUCCUCGACCUGUGGAACAAAUUUUUAGUGGAGCACCAUAAGAGAUCCAUUCCCAAAGAUACCUGGAACCUCUUGUUAGACUUCAGCACCAUGAUAACAGAUGACAUGUCCAACUACGAUGAAGAAGGAGCAUGGCCAGUCCUCAUCGAUGACUUUGUCGAGUUCGCCCGGCCGUACAUCGGGACCAAAAGCACGGCAGUCUAAAAGACUUUAUCGUCCCCACGAAGGUGGUCCCGACCUCACGCACACCUCGUGGUGGACCGAACUGAGAUCUACAUUGCCUUUUCCGACCCUCAGGAUCAAGACGCUUGUGUACAGCAAAGACAUUUCAGAGACGCGUCACCUCUUCGUCAUCUAGCGGUGGUUUGGGCCCCCUCUUCCUUCUAUUCCAAUUUUUCAAUCUGGAUAUGUGUGCAACGUCCGUGCCAGCUGAAUGUGGAUCAAGCUCUGGGACCUCAUCAUGGUUUCUAUAUAUAUAUUUUUUAUUUUAUUAUUAUUUUUUUUUCUCCCCUUCCUCUUUCCCCACUUUCACCCAGGCAGGAGCAAAAACCACCACAGACCUGCCACCUUUAGCCUGGUUGAGGAACGUCAAACUUCAGUUAUUAAAUCUUUAAUUUUAGCACUCCA